AUGUCGAACCUCAACUCUUGGGAAGAUGACCCUGCUGCUCAGGAAGAGAAUCUGGCGCAGCGGACCCAGCAGAUGAACAUCGGCAACAACCAGUAUCCCCAAGGAAGUUUCCGGCCCGCUGCUGCCUCCUUCCAACCCGCGGCGCAAACCUUCCAGCCGGGCCAAGUCUAUGGCGGCAAUAACCAACACGCCCAGGGUGGCUUCCAACCUAGUGCUGCCUCCUUUCAGCCAACAGCCCACAACUUCCGUCCAGCCCAAGCAUACGGUGGCAACUUCGUUCCUCAAAACAACUACGGCUAUCCUCAAUAUGGUGGCGGCCAACCUGCAGUCUACGGGCAGGGCGGUAACCAGCAUGGCCAGUAUCAGGGUUAUCAACAAUCGCAGGGGCAGCAGUUCCAACCGCAAGGGCAGCAGUUCCAACCACAGCUUCAGCGCCACCCACAGCAUCAGCAACAAUUCCCCGCGGCGGCGGCGGCGGCCCCGCCAGUGUCUGUUGUAAGCCCACCCGGGCCUUCGAAUGCUCCCUCAGACUCAACCACCAAGCCCGUAUCGCUGCCGAAAGCAAAAGUUCUAUCCAUCGGUAUCUCUGCGCCACCUAAGGAGGAAAACAAGGGCGAGAAAAAACAGGAGGUGUCGGCGAAAGUCGAGGCUGCAGCGCAAGUGCUGGCUGCAAAGGCUGUCAAGAAAUCCGACGCCAAGGAGGGUGGGAGCGGCAAAACCUCUCCAACGCCCUCCUCUGGACGAUCGAGUCCGUCUCGAGGUGGCAAGGACGGUGCCCGAGAUCCGGAUGUUGUUCAGAAGGAACAGACUGCCGAUGUUGAUGAUGAAACCCUCCAGGAGCUCUAUGGCAAAGAGCAUGUCAACAUACUCUUCAUGGGUCACGUAGACGCGGGCAAGUCGACACUUGGCGGGGCCAUCUUGUACGCCACGGGUCAGGUUGACGAGCGGACGCUUGACAAAUACAAGCGAGAGGCCAAGGAGAUGGGACGCGAAACCUGGUACCUCUCUUGGGCCUUGGAUUUGACAAAGGAAGAAAGGUCCAAGGGCAAGACGGUCGAAGUUGGACGUGCCCACUUUGAAACCGAUAAGAGAAGAUAUACCAUCUUGGACGCACCCGGCCACAAGAACUACGUUCCAAAUAUGAUCGGCGGCGCCUCUCAGGCCGACGUAGGCGUCCUCUUGAUCUCCGCGCGGAAGGGGGAGUACGAAACUGGUUUCGAACGAGGCGGGCAGACGAGAGAGCACGCUGUGUUGGCUAAAACUCAAGGCGUUAACAAACUUGUCGUGGUGAUCAACAAGAUGGAUGAUGCUACCGUUCAGUGGUCCCAAGAGAGAUACAAGGAAUGCACAACGAAACUCGGCCAGUUUCUCAAGGGAACUGGCUACAAUCUGAAGACCGAUGUCUUCUUUAUGCCUGUUGCGGCCCAGUUGACAAUCGGGAUCAAGGACCGUGUUCCCAAGGAGAUAUGCCCCUGGUGGGAAGGGCCUUCUCUUCUCGAAUACCUGGAUUCGAUGCAAGCUCUCGAACGAAAAUUGACUGCUCCGUUCAUGAUGCCAGUCUCAGGGAAGUAUCGCGACCUUGGUACUGUCGUCGAGGGGAAGAUUGAGGCCGGUGUUGUGAAGAAGUCUAUGAAGUUAGUCUUGAUGCCGAACAAGCAGCCGGUCGAAGUCGCUGCGAUAUAUACCGAGACAGAAGACGAGGUUGCCAUCGCCCAGUGCGGUGCUCAAGUACGGAUACGUCUCCGUGGCGCAGAAGAGGAGGAUGUGCCCACAGGAUUUGUGCUCUGUUCUCCCAAGCGGCUUGUCCAUUGCGUCAAGGCUUUCGAAGCCCACAUCCGCAUCAUCGAGUUAUCGAGCAUUUUGACGGCCGGCUUCAACUGCGUCCUCCACGUACAUGCUGCCAUUGAGGAGGUUACCUUCUCGCAACUGCUGCACACCUUGCAGAAGGGGACAAACCGGAAGAGCAAACGUGCGCCCACGCAUGCGAAAAAGGGCGACACAAUUAUUGCUCGGCUGGAGGUAAUCGGCGGGGCAGGAUCAGUGUGCGUUGAGACGUACGAAGACUACCCUCAAAUGGGCCGGUUCAAUCUGCGGGACCAGGGAACUACGAUUGCGGUUGGCAAAAUCACGAGGCUCAUCACCGACGACACGGAUGCUUAA